AUGGCCAACAUAGUGGUUUGCUCAGAAUGCAAUACAAAAAACGAGUAUAAUAUUCCUAAAGAUACCCAAAUUUGCAGAUGUACAACGUGUGGGUUACUACAGUAUACAGGAGUGAAAACACAAAGUGAUAAAGAUGAGCAAUCAUGCAGAGCAUCUGGAAAAUCACAAGAUUCGGAAAGAUCCUUGAAUUCCAAUGUUUUAAAGUCAAAUAAUUCUGAAGAAACUUUAGAUCCUUCUUUAAGCAACUCUAUAGUAGAAGAAAAAAAAAUUCAAAAUAAUAAAAAAAUGGUUCUAAACGAAUUAAGAGAGAAAUGGAAAAAAAAGAAGCAAAAGUAUAUUUAUGAAAUAGAUGAUGUUCUUGAUGAAAUUCUUGAUAACUUCUCAGACUGCAGUUCAAGUAAUUCAUUAUUCCUUGAAAACUAA